UUGAUGACAUCUGUAGACGAUGGCCGGAGGAAGACGGCAUGCGUCACCGGAGGUAGCGGCUACAUCGCUUCAGCGCUCAUCAAGACGCUGCUCGAGAAGGGCUACGUCGUCAAAACGACAGUCAGAGAUCUCGAUGACGUGGAGAAGAACUCUCACCUGAAGGACUUGCAAGCGCUUGGCCCCUUGGAGAUCAUCCAAGCGGAGCUGAACGUCCAAGGGAGCUUCGACGACGCGGUUUCUGGAUGCGACUACGCCUUCCUCGUUGCCGCCCCGAUGGACAUCGGGUCGCCAGAUCCUGAGAGAGACCUGAUCCAGGCUGGCGUCGAAGGGACCCUGAACGUGAUGAGGUCAUGUGCAAAAUCGGGGACGGUGAAGCGCAUGAUCCUAACGUCCUCGGAUGCUGCUGCCGUGUUCCGGAAGCCACUGGAAGACGAUGGGCACAACGUGGUGGACGAGAGCUCCUGGUCCGAUGUGCAGUACCUGCGAGCCGAGAAGCCAGCGACAUGGGACUACGCGGUGUCGAAGGUGCUUCUGGAAGAGGCGGCGAGCAAGUUCGCGGAGGAGAGCGGCAUCAGCCUAGUGACCGUGCUGCCCGCGUUCACCCUGGGCGCAGCGCCGGUCUCGCAGGCCAAAACCAGCGUCCCCGCUAUCCUCUCCUUGUUGUCUGGUGACGAGGCACAGCUGGAUAUCCUGAAAGGCCUGCAGUCGGUCACGGACUCUGUGGCGAUAAUCCACGUGGACGACCUCUGCCGCGCCGAGGUGUUCCUCGCCGAGAACGAGCCAUCAUCGGGGAGGUACAUCUGCUGCAGCCACAACACCACCAUCCCCCAGCUCGCCCGUCUCCUGGUGGAGAAGUACCCACAAUACAUCGUGAAACCUGAACGGUAUAUCAGACUAUGAUGAUGAGUUGCCUUC